UCCCUCAUAGUGUGAUCAUAGGUUGCUCCUCAUGCAUCCCCAUCUUCUGCUUCCUCCCUGCACUCUCCAAACAGGUGCACCUCCAUUCCUGAGACAUGUCCUGCUGUGACCAGUGUGUGCCAUGCCAGCCCUGUGGCCCGACCCCUCUGGCCAGCAGCUGCAAUGAGCCCUGUGUCAGGCAGUGCCAGAACUCCACCAUCGUCAUCCAGCCCUCUCCCGUGGUGGUGACCCUGCCCGGACCCAUCCUCAGCUCCUUCCCACAGAACACCGUUGUGGGCUCCUCCACCUCCGCUGCUGUUGGCAGCAUCCUCAGCUCUGAGGGCGUGCCCAUCACCUCGGGGGGCUUUGACCUCUCCUGCAUUUCCAACCGCUACUGUGGCAGGAGGUGCACCCCCUGCUAAAGGUGCUGGAUGCUGACCUAGACAAGGAUCCCCAGGAAUGCUGAACAUGGCACUGGACAGAAGAACAAAUGCUGUGGUGCUGUUGGAUGGGCACAGGCAAGCCUGAAGUCUCUGACAACAUGGAGAAAGUCUACUGAUACUCUCUUUUACUCACUCUUUCUAUCUAGAAUCAUUAUUGUCUUUUCCUUUAGACGUGUUUGUUAGUAGCCCCCCAAAAUGAGCCCUGCGUGAAAUGCUUAUCUCUCUAAAACUCUGUGCUGAGAUAUAGUGCUCUGGGCCAUGCUGCAAUAGGAAAGGGGAACAGAUUCUUGUGUGAUCCUGGUGCUCUGCUUGGAAUGACAUUAUUUCUCUCCUCAGACUCAUUAAACACUUUCUGCAUCCCUUAUUGUUUCUUUCCUUGCUGGUAUUCUUUUUCCCAUCACCGUAGAGAUGGCCAAAGGAGAAAGGGAUGUCUUUGGUGAGAACAAGCUAGGGAGAAUCCCCUACUCCGCUGAUCAUUGGAGGUCAUUGUACAGUGCUGGCAUUCAACUUCCAAGCACAUUCUCUUGAAGGAGAGGAAGACAUUCCUAGCUGUUCCUCCACCACCAAUGACCAUCAGUCCCUGCCUUGCUGUCUUGCUGUGUUUUCUUCCACAGGUCUCCUUGAACCUUGAGCAUGUCAAGUGAAUGGAGAUCUUGACAAAUGCCAUCCUCAAGAAAGGAUCUCUGUGCACUGGGGAGGCCCAGUGAAGACAGAAGUCGCACAUACUCUGGGAAAUCUAUUCCUCUGGCUUUGGGAGGAGCAAUAUUACAGAAGGAAACUCAGAGAAAGGUGUUCUGAAAAGCCUUCAAAAACUG